AUGUGGGUUGCUGGCACAUUCAAAGUUCGCGAUUGCUUGGCUGCUACUUCCGUCACUCUGAGACGGUGCUUGAAAUUGGGAGCGACCAUGGCAAAGAGCAAAUUCGAGUACGUGCGGGACUUCGAGGCUGACGACACAUGCCUGCCCCACUGCUGGGUGGUGGUACGGCUGGACGGCAGGAAUUUCCAUCGGUUUGCUGAGAAACACAGCUUUAUAAAACCUAAUGACAGCCGUGCUCUUCAUCUAAUGACCAAAUGUGCCCAAACUGUAAUGAACGAAUUGGAGGAUAUUGUGAUUGCAUAUGGACAGAGUGAUGAGUACAGCUUUGUGUUCAAGCGAAAAAGCAAUUGGUUUAAAAGAAGAGCCAGUAAGUUUAUGACUCACGUGGUUUCCCAGUUCGCCUCCAGCUAUGUGUUUUAUUGGCGGGAUUACUUUGAGGACCAGCCCCUUCUGUAUCCCCCAGGCUUUGAUGGAAGAGUCGUGGUGUAUCCUAGCAACCAGACUCUAAAGGACUAUCUCAGCUGGCGGCAAGCAGAUUGUCACAUCAAUAAUCUUUAUAAUACAGUGUUCUGGGCACUUGUACAGCAGUCUGGCUUAACACCAUUACAAGCCCAAGAGAGAUUACAGGGAACUCUUGCAGCAGACAAGAAUGAGAUUUUAUUUUCUGAAUUCAACAUCAACUACAAUAAUGAGCCACUGAUGUAUAGGAAGGGGACUGUGUUGAUAUGGCAGAAGGUGGAGGAAAUCACAACAAAAGAAGUUAAGCUGCCAGCAGAAAUGGAAGGAAAAAAGAUGGCGGUGACCCGGACCAGGACUAUGGCGGUGCCCUUACACUGCAAUAUCAUUGGGGAUGCUUUCUGGAAGGAACAUCCAGAGAUCCUGGAUGAAGACAGCUGACCCUUUGCUUUUCAGUCCUGGCGUGCUUAACCAUCUUGGCCCCCAAGUCUCCCGGCCUUUGGUGGC